GCGGGGCCGCGACCAGAGCGACCACGCGUCCUGCGGACUCCAGCUUCCACCCGGGAGCGAGGGAGCGACAUGGCAGCCGCGGCCAAGCCUGAGAACCUCUCUCUGGUGGUGCACGGCCCCGGGGACCUGCGCCUGGAGAACUAUCCUGUGCCUGAACCAGGCCCAAAUGAGGUGCUGCUGAAAAUGCAUUCUGUUGGAAUCUGCGGCUCAGAUGUCCACUACUGGCAGCAUGGUCGAAUUGCUGAUUUUGUUGUGAAAAAGCCAAUGGUGCUGGGGCAUGAAGCUUCGGGAACAGUCGUAAAAGUGGGAUCACUGGUAAAGCACCUAAAACCAGGUGAUCGCGUUGCCAUUGAGCCUGGUGCUCCCCGAGAAACUGAUGAAUUCUGCAAGAUUGGCCGAUACAACCUGUCGCCGUCCAUCUUCUUCUGUGCCACACCCCCCGACGAUGGGAAUCUCUGUCGGUUCUAUAAGCACAAUGCAAAUUUCUGCUACAAGCUUCCUGACAGUGUCACCUUUGAGGAAGGAGCCCUGAUUGAGCCACUCUCUGUGGGGAUCCAUGCCUGCCAGCGAGGUGGGGUCACUCUGGGAAACAGGGUCCUUGUGUGUGGAGCUGGGCCAAUUGGGCUGGUCAGUUUGCUUGUGGCCAAGGCAAUGGGAGCCUCUCAAGUAGUGGUGACUGAUCUGUCUGCCUCUCGGUUGUCCAAAGCCAAGGAAGUUGGGGCUGAUUUCGUCCUCCAGAUCUCCAAGGAGAGCCCUCAGGAAAUUGCCAGUAAAGUGGAAGGUCUGCUGGGGUGCAAGCCUGAAGUCACCAUUGAGUGCACGGGGGCAGAGGCUGCCAUCCAUGCUGGCAUCUACGCCACUCGCUCUGGUGGGACCCUGGUGCUUGUGGGGCUGGGCUCUGAGAUGACCACAGUACCCCUAGUGCACGCAGCCAUCCGGGAGGUAGAUAUCAAGGGUGUGUUUCGAUACUGCAACACGUGGCCGGUGGCAAUUUCAAUGCUUGCAUCCAAGUCUGUGAAUGUAAAGCCCUUAGUCACCCAUAGGUUUCCUCUGGAGAAAGCUCUGGAGGCUUUUGAAACAUCCAAAAAGGGAUUGGGCGUGAAAGUCAUGCUCAAGUGUGACCCCAAUGACCAGAAUCCCUGAUGUUAAUUGGGUUUUGCCCUCAUCCCCACCCAUUUCAGGGCUGAUGGCUGGGCAGGAGUAGGCUUUGAUGCAGAAGUUUCUUUUGAAUGGUAAGAAUAAUUAAAAUAAUUCAUUAUAAAUAGAGAGCCUUACCCAGUGAAGUUGGUUUAUCUUAAAGACACAAGUAGAGAGAGAGUUUCGGGGAACUUAGCCAGAGUGACUAGUUCAUGCUGAGCAAAGUUCAGUGAGUAGGACAGAAUUUGACGGGCAGGCGCUGGGAACUCCCCAUCUUCCUGGAGUGCCUUCCUUGAGGGAGGAGAAAAGUCUGGUUCUACUAGGACUGACCAGGAGGGGGAUGGGAGCUGAGUUGUGAAGGGACAACUUCAUCAAGACUUAAAUGGCCCAGAAACUAGUUUUCAUGAAAAUCUGCAACUCAGGGGCUGGGAUGAGGGAUUGUCAGUGGUUUUGGUUUAGAGCACAAUGUUUCUAGGGAUAAGUGGUAUUUGGUUUGAUGAUAAAAAGAGAAUAAGAAAAGGGACUAAGAUAAUUUUAAAACCAAUCAAGUGGAUAAAACCAAAAUCCCAUGUGAGUUCAAACCAGUUUUCAUUCCCCAGUGUGAAAGGAACACUGCUUGAGGAUUGUCUAAGAACACUGUCAUUUUAUUUGCAAGGUGAAGAACCACCUUCCCAGCACUACCCUUAGGCACAGUCCCUUGUCACUAGGCAACCAGAAGACUCCUACCUAAGGACAGUCAAGGGGAGAACUUAAAUCAUGCCUCUAACUAGUCCAUCACACAGGAUUAGCCUCCCCUCCUAAUGUGAGUGAGGCUCACACUUGCUGAUGAUUAUCAGACAAUUUCACUUAAUUCUGGCUAUUAUCAGCAAAACCUUUUCACUUCUCAUAGCCAGUUAAGGCUCUUAGUAUCUUUUUGUCUGUUGGAAUGAUAUUUCUGAACUUGUCUUAUUUUAAUUGUGGGGUUUUUCUGUGUAAGAUUUGGAUCCAAAUCACAUCAUACCCAUUUGUGACUUACUUUGAGAUUAUUAAUCAGGAAUGAGGAUAUAGUAGCCGUGACAUAACCUGGGCUGCAGCUUUUAAUCUCUCACUUUGGCUGUGGGUGGAGAGUAAGUUUGAAGAGGUUCUGGUUUUCUUGUAACCAGAAGGCUGUGACCAGUGCCUGGAAUUCCUCAAACUGCUUUGGGUAAUAAAUUCUGUUGGUGGUAUCUGU